AUCAGUCCAAGGACACUACUCUGGAGGCGAAGAGGCUGGGACUGGCGCGGCGAGCGGCGAGCACCGAGCCUGCCUCCUGCCUCCUGCCUGCCGGCCGCGAGCCGGCUCUGCUUCUAAGCGCACCCUAGCCGGGAGGCACGAGCCUCCUGGUCCCGCGCGGCUCUGCGCUCUCGGGGAGAGGUGGGGUGCCCGGGACAGGAUUGGCAAACUCCGCCCUCCACUUAUUAUUUUGCUUAUUUUUCUUUGUGCGCGUCUGUUAGUUUGUUAAACCAGAUCUAGUUCCAGAAUCUUUUCUCCUCCCUUCUCCCCCCCUCCUUCUCCCCCCUCCUCCCCCCUCCAGGUCCUUCUACUUCCCCUCCUCCCUCCUGUCCCUCUGCAGGAGACUCUCUCAGCGACAGAAAGUUGCAGUCCCUGCUUCAGCCUGAGGGAUCUCCCGACCACCGUGUCCAACCGUCGCCACCCCUCUUCGACUUCGACUUUGUGGAGCUCUCCUUCUUAAGCACCCUCGAUCACAUCUGCGAGAUCGCUGGUGUCGAAAAAGAAUCACCCAUGACGAUGCUCCUGGACGGAGGCCCGCAGUUCCCGGGGCUGGGAGUGGGCAGCUUCGGCGCGCCGCGCCACCACGAGAUGCCCAACCGCGAGCCGGCGGGCAUAGGGCUGACUCCCUUCGGGGACUCGCCCCACGCCGCAGCCGCCGCCGCCGCCGCCGCCUUCAAGCUGAGCCCCGCGGCGGCUCAUGAUCUGUCUUCUGGCCAGAGCUCGGCGUUCACGCCGCAGGGCUCGGGUUACGCCAACGCCCUGGGCCAUCAUCACCACCACCAUCACCACCAUCACCACGCCGGCCAGGUGCCCAGCUACGGCGGAGCCGCCUCCGCCGCCUUCAACUCCACGCGCGACUUUCUGUUCCGCCAGCGCGGCUCCGGUCUCGGCGAGGCGGCCUCGGGUGGCGGGCAACACGGGCUCUUCGCCGGCUCGGCGAGUAGCCUGCACGCUCCGGCUGGCAUCUCGGAGCCCCCCGGCUACCUGCUCUUCCCCGGGCUGCACGACCAGGGCGCUGGGCACCCGUCGCCCACCGGGCACGUGGACAACAACCAGGUCCAUCUGGGGCUGCGCGGAGAGCUGUUCGGCCGCGCUGACCCGUACCGCCCGGUGGCCAGCCCGCGCACGGACCCCUACACGGCCGGCGCGCAGUUCCCGAACUACAGCCCCAUGAACAUGAACAUGGGCGUGAACGUGGCGGCCCACCACGGGCCCGGCGCCUUCUUCCGUUACAUGCGACAGCCCAUCAAGCAGGAGCUGUCGUGCAAGUGGAUCGACGAGGCUCAGCUGAGCCGGCCCAAGAAGAGCUGCGACCGGACCUUCAGCACCAUGCACGAGCUGGUGACACAUGUCACCAUGGAGCAUGUGGGAGGCCCGGAGCAGAACAACCACGUCUGCUACUGGGAGGAGUGUCCCCGCGAGGGCAAGUCCUUCAAGGCCAAGUACAAACUGGUCAAUCACAUUCGGGUGCACACGGGCGAGAAGCCCUUCCCGUGCCCCUUCCCGGGCUGCGGGAAGAUCUUCGCCCGCUCCGAGAACCUCAAGAUCCACAAGAGGACCCACACAGGUGAGAAACCUUUUAAAUGUGAAUUUGAAGGCUGUGACAGACGCUUUGCCAACAGCAGCGACCGCAAGAAGCACAUGCAUGUGCACACCUCGGACAAGCCCUAUAUCUGCAAAGUGUGCGACAAGUCCUACACGCACCCGAGCUCCCUGCGCAAGCACAUGAAGGUUCAUGAAUCUCAAGGGUCAGAUUCCUCCCCUGCUGCCAGUUCAGGCUAUGAAUCUUCCACUCCACCCGCUAUAGCUUCUGCAAACAGUAAAGAUACCACUAAAACCCCUUCUGCAGUUCAAACUAGCACCAGCCACAACCCUGGACUUCCUCCCAAUUUUAACGAAUGGUACGUCUGAGGACAAACACAAACCCUGUUUAACCAUAGAAUGGACCAAAUGCAUUUUAAAAAGAAAACUGAGACCAAUCAGAUGGAAAUGGAGUUUUAAGGCAAGAGGCCAUAUAUAGGGCUACAUCUGGUUAAUUGCAAUUGUCCAGGAAGGUUUUUGGGCAAGAUCCAAAAGUAGCCGUGCCCUUUUCUCAGGAUUAGAAAAUAUGUUUUGGCAUUUGAAGGAUUAAAAAAAAAAUCUCACUGCUUUUUCCUCCCCUUUCUCUUGCUCUCUGCUCACCCCAUCCCUAAACGCCUUCAGUUCAUUUUAACUCUUGUCCUGUUUCUUGAGAGGAAGUUAUGGAAGGCUUAUUGGUGGUGGUGAUGCUAAAACUGAUGGAAAAAUCUUCGCCUUAGUGGUGAUUGUUUAAACUCUCACAGUCUUAAACCGUGCCAAAGUCCUGUUAUGUCUUGAACUUUUCCUCAAAGCAUUACACUUGUGAAUGUAUUUUUGUCUAAUGGGGUCGAAACUGUUGUUCAGUAUUUUUUCAGGCUGAGGAUGUGAUGUUACUCUACACAAAUUGUGACGUUUAGUAUACAAUUGCCUUUUGUAAUAACUUUCUUUUUUGUAAAUACAUAUCCAUUGAUGCCAUAUUUAUCGUUUGUAAUUUAAUUAUUGCUACAAAUGCCGGGAACUGAACAAUAUUUAUGGAUAAAUGUUUUCUAACAAAUUCUGUACAGCUUUUGAUUAUAACCGCUUUAGCAUUAAAAUUUAUUGUUUUGAAAGAAGAACACAAUUUACAAUUUUUGAACCACUGACUCCUUUCUCUUGUUUUGUAACAGCCUCCUUCUACAAAGAGGAGACGUGAACAAAUGAAAUCUUGUUUGUUGGUAUUUAUAACUCACUCAGAUCCCUUUUUUAAUUGUUAAAUUAUUUUUCUAUUGCAGUAUAGAUUCUUUACAGUGUCAGUUUCCAUCUGGGAAGACCCUCCUUUCUUUAGCUCAGAUGGUUGUUUAACUGCGAGUUUAAAUGUGUUUGUCCUGGAUUUUCGGCAUGCAAAUCAAAUAUUACUGAUCAAUUCAGUUAGUGGCCAUGACAUCUCAAUCUUGUACUUCAAAGACUGAGAAGCUGGAUUUAAUCAUCCCUGCCCUACA